AUGUCGGUGAAUCCUCCCUCCAAUGCCAUCUCUACGAAGAGAAAACCGAUGGAUCAUCCAAACUCCGACAGACCAGAGAAGACUCACAAAGCUAACACCGCCCCGCCUGUUCCCCUUGAUUCACGUCCACCUUCUGAUCUUCAGGAAUCACCCAGAUGGCACCCAUAUCAUUCGGAUGGUAAUGUAAUACUCCGAGCGGACGACGGGACUCUGUUCGGAGCAGAUAGCUGGAGACUUGCUAAAGCGAGUACCGUAUUCAAGGAUAUGUUCGAUAUUCCUCAACCGAUAUCAUUCGGAUAUCCCAAAGCCUCAAGAUGGGUAAACCAAGACCAACCUAUCGAUAAACAAGUGACAUCUUUCAUACUGGAAACGUUUCUUAACCUGAUCAACGUAUCGAUCCCUUCCUUAUCCAACGGAUUAUCUUUCGCUCAAAUGACCGCUUUAUCAGGUUUAUGCGACAAGUUCAUCGUCACGAAAAACAUUGUAGCUCAAGUCUCACGCGGAUUACUGCUCGCGGGGGCCAACGAUCCUUGGGAUCUUCUCGUCUGGGCAAGUAAGAAGGAUUUUUUAUCCAUGGGAAGGAAGGCUUUGAGCUAUAUGGGGCCAGAAGGAUUCACCAAAGUGUACCCGAGCCCGCCAGUGCUCAAUGGUCGAUCGAGUGACGACACCACCUUGAAAUAUAAACCAUUCUGGGAUAGGUUUCAUCUCCUUUCACCAUCUUGGCAGAUUGCCUUAAUUUCCACAGCUUUUCCUCAACCCACUUUUAGACCAGCUGAGAACUCUAACACCGCCUCCAAAACCAAGAAAAUCUCCAAAAAUAGUCCAAAAGGCAAAACUCAAGGCGUACCCAGCUACGACACCGGUCCAGCGAAAUCAGGAACAUUCGAGAUGGUAAUGGCUUCUUGGGAUGAGAUGGUGAAAGGCUUCAACCCUCAAAGCUAA